CGAGCCAUAAACCCUAAACCUAUGAUGCUUUCUUCCUCCGCGAAUGCGGUGCUUCCCAGCGCUCGGCCGGGCCGCUCACACCAGCUGCCAAGAUUUCGCGCUUCCCGGGCAGCGAUUUGCUGUAGGAAUCACGGCAGCGGGAGCGCGAAGGUGGAGAGAUCGACCGGUCGAUUGAGCAGGGAUGCAGGGAUUUUGCUCGGCACUGCGGCGUUUUGCCUGGUCUCGGGAUUCAGCGUCAGCGAUUUCGCUCGAGCUGAGGCCGUCCCGCCCGUCGACGAUGUGGCUGGGUUGCCGGCGUCCGCGAUUCCAGAUCUCGCCAAGAAGAAGAGGGCGGUAGCCGAGAAGCCAGGGAAGAGCUCAAAGGUUCCGUCCAGGGUUCUUCGCGCAAAGGCCAAUGAGAGGACGCUCAAGGCGGUGCUAAAGACGAUCGAGGAGGAGCCGGGCAACUUGGUGGCUUACAAGGCUUUGCUCUCGCUCAGGAUGGAGAAUGGCGAGGUGAGGGAGGCGAUUGAGGUUCUGGGAAGGAUGAUCGAGUUGGAGCCAGAACAUCUCGAGUAUAGAUUCAUGAGAGCCAGAGCUUACGGGCUUGUUGGGGAUGUGAGACAUUCCAGGGAGGAGUUCCGGGAGCUUGUGGAAAUCCAACCUUUCUCCGCGAAGGCUUUGCAAGGACUGGCUUUAGCUAUGGAGAAAGAUGGAGAAGACGACUCCCAGGUUCUAGAGAUGAUCCAUGCCGCCAUAAAAAAUGCGAUUGAUCAGCAGCAAAGCUUUGCAGCUCGCAACUUUAAGAUGCUUCUCGGCCAGAUUCUUACGUCUCAGGAGAAGCUGACACAGGCUCUCGAGCAGUACGAGGAACUGACCAAGGAAGAUCCAUCCGACUUUCGUCCAUAUCUCUGCCAGGGACUGCUCUAUGAUUCUCUCGGCGAGAAAGAGAAGGCCAAGGAAUGCUACAAACGAUUCAAGGAGCUCUGCCCCGAGAGCUUUCCACAGCGCAAGUACCUCGACGAUCUCCUGGUGAGAGGGAGCUAUGGCGCUCGCGUGAGAGAAGAAGAGAAGGAAGGAAAGCUCGCCUCGAUGCAACAGCCAAAACUAACGAUGCAAGACAUGGCACAAGCAAGCAAGGGGAAAGAAAAUAAGAGCGAAUAUGCUUCGAAGUGAGAAGGAAUCUAGGUCGAAAACUAGAGACGGCGACGCCGCGAGCGGGA